AUGAACACCAUCCCCGAAUCAAGCUUCUUCAAGAAUCGACAUGCAGGAGAUCUUCCGACGCCGGCCGGAGUGAGAGCCAUAAACAUUGCCUCAGGCCAUCCUCGCGCAUCAUAUUUCAAUCGCCCCCCGCCCGUUAGAAUCCCCUCGCUGGGAUUAUUGGUGAAGUAUGGCGCUGACGUGUUCAUCUACAUGUCCCUGGUCGAGGGCGAGACCUUGCAAGAGAGGUGGGGUGAUAUGGACGAAUCCGAGAGGCGAGGUGUCUGCGCAGAACUUCGAUCCAUGGUGAAAGCCUGGAGGGCUUUGCAGCAGGACAGUGAACAACCGUACAUUGGAAGCGUCGGCGAACAACCCCUGAACGAUAUCUUCCUUGCCUGCCAUCCUGAACUCACCGGGCCAUUCCAAGGUGACAACGCGGCCCAAGAGUUUCAGGAUGCUUGCGGCAUCGACAUUGCUAAUGGAACGGCCAUCGUAUUCACCCAUGAUGACCUGGUCGCGCCAAAUAUCAUCCUAUCGCCGGGGCCUAAGCCGAGGGUGAAGGCGGUAAUUGACUGGGCCCAGGCCGGGUGGUACCCGGCGUACUGGGAGUUUUGCAAAGCAAGACGGGUAAGACUGGACCCUGAAUGCUUCAGCGAUGUCAUGCAACACGAAUGGCAGCAGAAGUACCUUCCUAUGAUGAUCGAUCCUGUGGAUGAUGCGUCUUACUACCAUCCUUGGCUCUAUUUCGUUCUGUCAAAGGGGAUCUAA